AUGUUCACAUAUAUCAACUUCCUUGAGUUUAAACCAUUAGCGAUUGCAGAAGCUGCACUUAUUCUGAGCUGUGCUAUACAGUUUCCAUGUUUCUUUAAGGAAAUCUGCCAUUGCACAUAUGUUGCAAAUCAAUACAUGAGAGAGAGGUCGUUGAAGAAGAAAAAGGGAGCAACGAAACAGCAGUCGUUAGUUAGAGAGAAUCUUGGUCCUUCCGAUAACCAUGACUCCUUGCUCUGGUUGGUUUGA